UACCAACACAUGAAUAAUCUCUCGGCGGCCUAUAAAUACCAUCCCUUAUCCUCCUUAAAACCUUCCUACGACCGUGUCGUUGAAAAUCUCAGGCGACCUCUUCUUCCUCAGAUCUAAUCGUUCAAAGCCUGCUCGCUCGAUCUACAGUCAAACGUUUCAGGAUUAUUGUGCUCUCUGAUAUUUUUAUCGAUAUAUCCCAACCUAGGGUUACUUUUGAUAUUCCAAGUUUAAUUUCUCAAUUCUGGUUUUAGAUCUGUACAAAUACAUCUAUCAAUGUUUCCUACAUGAAUUCCAUCCUAAUGCGUAGAAUUCGUAUCCUCCACUCUUUUUCAGUUGUCUUUCUUUACUGGUUUUACGUAUUCUCAUGAACUGACCCCCUCAAUUCUGCAAAAUCUCAAACUUCUUCCCUAAUCAAUUGUGUGUUCAAAAGAUUUCUCAUUUCCUAGCCCAGUCCAUAGUUUCUGUCAAGCGUUUCUGUUUUGUAAUUAUAAUCUACCCAAUCUUGAAAUACAAAAUCAUCUAUUUCGAAAGAAAGAAAUGGCUUCUUCUGUGCAACAGCAGCCUGCACAUUCUGGAUCAUCGUCUGAUGCCGAACAGCGUUAUGCAAUGUAUGACGAGAAGAAAAGAAAGAGAAUGAUAUCCAACCGUGAGUCUGCCAAGAGAUCUCGUCUGAGGAAGCAACAGCAUGUGGAGGAGCUGUGUAGCCAGAGGGCUCUCCUCCAGAACGAGCAGAGUGUUUGCAAGCAGCAAAUUGAUAGUCUGUGUCAAGGCCUUGCACUGCUUUCUACUGAGAAUGACGUUUUGAGGGCUCAAUGUGCUGAGCUGGCAGAUCGCUUGCAGUCUAUGAAUUCACUCCUCCAUCUUUGGGCAGAGGUUAAUGAGACUGUGGUGGAGGAUAUCCAUGAGAUUCCCGAUGUUCUGCUUGAGCCGUGGCAGCUGCCUUGUCCUACACAACCCAUUGUUGCAUCUGCUGAUAUGUUCCCGUUUUGAGAAGAAGCUUCAGUUACCGCCUCUUUGUGUCUUGUUUAUGAGUCUUUCGUUGUAUCAUUAUUACUUAUUUGUUUCUUAGCAUUAUUCAUGUUGUCCAUUGUCUGCUAGCAUGUUCUCUGAGUUUGUGUCUUUCAGUGUCUGGCUGUGCAUUGGUUGUGGUUGUCUUUGCUUGACAUUAAGUUGCUAGUGAAGUUUGAACUUCAUGUCUUCAUGUAAUAUAUGGUGUAAUGUGAGGAUAAUUCAGGUUUGAUAUUAAUAAGGUUGGAGUUACAGUUUGUUUGGGACUUUGGAAGGUAUUCUGGUGCAAGAUUUAGCAUGGUUUUUUUACAUAAAAAA